CAAAAUCACGGCCAUGAUAGAAAGGCAGACUUCCUCCAAAGGCUCGCUCCUUUGCACCCUUCCCUCACUUGUAUUUCGCGACGAGGAUGGACGGCGCUGUUUAGAGUCGUGUCUGAAAACAGUCACCUCCUUCAUCGACGGUUCACAGCUCAUCGCCAGCUCCUCCACCACGUCUGGCUGACAACACUUACAUCACCCACCAUGGCCCCCAUCAUCGUGCCCGCCAACCAGCCCGCCGACAGGUUCUAUGCCGGCGGCACGCGCAUCUCGUCCUUCCGCGACGACCCCCCCUGCGCCUCGCAUCAGCCCGAGGACUGGGUAGCCUCCACCACAUGCUGUCACGGCUGCGCGAGCCUAGGCCUCAGCCGUCUUCCGGAUGGGACCUUGCUUGCGGACGCCGUGGCAGCGCAACCAGAGCGCUGGCUCGGCGCGGAGCAUGUUGCUCGCUACGGCGCCGACACGAAGCUCCUCGUGAAGCUCCUCGACGCGGGCCAGCGUCUGCCCGUCCAUGCCCACCCCCACGUGGCCUGGGCCGCGCGACAUCUCGGCCUCAAACACGGCAAGGCCGAGGCUUGGUACAUCCUGACGCCUGGCUGCGUAUGGCUGGCGCUUAAAGAGGCCGUCGAGGACAAGGCCUUGCUCGAGCUGGUCGAGGCAGGAAAGGGUACGCAGUUGCUCGACAAGAUGCACAAGAUCGAUGUCGUCCCGCACCAGACUCUGUACGUCCCACCGGGGACGCUGCACGCCAUUGGAGAGGGUGUCAUGGUCGUUGAGCUGCAGGAGCCCUCGGAUCUUUCCGUGCUAUGCGAGUGGGAAGGCUUCCAGAUCGACGGACUGCAGCACGGACACCUGGGGCUGGGGUUCGCGACCGCGCUCACGGCUGUGGACACGAAGGCGCGGACCAGGGACGAAGUGAUGCGGCUGGUCACCGACGGGGCGACGGGCGAGAGCGUGUGUGCGGAGGAGUCGAACGAGUACUUUGUCCUUGAGAGGCUACGUGUGGACGGCGAGCGGUUCGCCCACCGUGGCUUUGCCAUUAUGAUUGUGUUGGACGGAAGCGUGUCCCUGGCGACGCAAAAGUCGGAGGCUCUGGCGCUGAAGAAGGGAUCGACCGUUGUGAUCCCCCAUGACGACGGCGAGCUGAAGCUGCAAGGACGGGCCGACGUGCUCGUCGCGCGACCUCCAAAGAGUGAGAUCGCGCUGGCCUGCUUAUUCACGAUUACUUGAGCCAUCUAUUCGUCACUUAUUAAUUACAGCGACUGAAUUGGCCCAUGAGAGAAGAACUGGACAGCUAUCUAUGACCGAGCAGCGCAGCUGUUGAUGAUAGUCAAGACAUGUGUGUGAUCAUAGUUGACUCUCAUCUGAAUGCCCGGCGGGACGUGGUCAUUCAUCACGCAAACAAGAGGGAGCAUCCGAGCC